AUGGGUAAAAAAGACAAAAAAACCGCCAAAGGACGUUUGGACAAGUAUUACCACUUAGCCAAAGAACAAGGAUAUCGUUCCCGUUCUGCCUUUAAGCUUAUUCAAUUAAACAAAAAAUACAGUUUUUUAGAAAAGUCACGAUGCUUGGUAGAUUUAUGUGCUGCUCCCGGGGGCUGUAUUAUAACUUUCCAAGAAGAUAUCACUACUGACAAAUGUCGUUCUACAAUUCGAAAUGAGCUAAAAACUUGGAAAGCUGAUGUAGUGCUUCAUGAUGGUGCCCCAAAUGUGGGUAUUUCUUGGCUGCAAGAUGCUUUCUCCCAAUCUGAAUUGACAUUGAAAGCGUUGAAAUUAGCUGUAGAAUUCUUGAAUCAAGGAGGCACAUUCGUGACUAAAGUUUUUAGAUCCAAGGACUAUAACAAUUUGAUCUGGGUUUUUAACCAACUAUUUAAAAAAGUAGAAGCUACAAAACCGGCUUCAUCGAGAAAUGUCUCUGCAGAAAUUUUCGUUGUUUGUCGCGAGUUUCUUGCUCCAAAGAAAAUUGAUCCAAAAUUUCUUGAUCCUCGGUCGGUUUUCCAGGAUGUUGAGAUCGGACCUACAAAUAAAUCCAUUGAUGUUUUGAAUCCAGGAAAAAGAAAACGAUACAGAGAAGGUUACGAAGAUGGGAAUUAUACGUUAUAUAAAGAGUGUUCGGUUUUAGACUUCAUUAACUCAGAUGAUCCGAUUCGAAUUCUUGGCGAUGUUAAUAAAUUAAAAUUUGAUGAGAAAGCAAAAGAGUUAUUGAACGAUGAAUCUACAACUGAAGAAAUAAAAUUAUGUUGUGAUGACUUAAAAGUUUUGGGUAAAAAAGAAUUUAAAAAUCUUUUGAGGUGGCGAAAUACGGUUAAAGAAAAGCUUGAUGAGCUCACCAAAGAAAAGCAAGCUCGACAAAAACGACUUCGUCGAAAAGCCAAUGAAAAGCGACAGAAAAAUAUUGUUCGAAUGCAACUAAAGAUGAUUUCCCCCACUGAUAUCGCAUUAGAGAGUUCAGGGCCUGAUGGUGGGAAUAUGGACAUUGUUCUUGAUCAAGACAAUGAUAAUGAUGACAUUGUGAUUGAAGAUCAAAAUUUGUUAAAAGACCAGUAUGAAGAUUCGGAAAACUAUAAUGAGGCUAGUGAUGACAUUCAAUUGGAAAAGGAAUUAGAUGAGCUCUAUGAACAAUAUGUAGAGCGCAAAGCAGAACGUGACGCAAAAUAUAAAGUGAAGAAAACACGAGAGGAAUAUGAAGAUUGGAAUGAUAUUCAAAAGUCUGAAAGCAGUGAUGACAAUGAUGAUAUAACCAUGGAGUCUGUGCAUUCACAAGAUGACAGUUAUUCAUCAUCUAGUGAUAAUGAUUCCGAAUUAGAAAAUGAGUCAUUUAAUGAACUGAAAAGUGAACCAGCUAAAAAAAAGAAAAAAUUAUUAACAGAUUUAAGUGACGACGAUAGUAAAGUUCAAACGGUUGGCUGUUUGAGUAAGAAGACUAUGCUUUUCUUUGAUAAUCCGUUAUUUAAAGAUGUAUUGGAAAACUAUGAUAAUGAAAACCAUAAGACAAAUCAAUCCGAUGAAGAAGAUUUCAUAAAAAACGAUGAAUAUGAUGAAAAAUUCGAUAAAAGUAAUGAUGAUUCUGAUCUUAACUCGAAAGAUGGUUCUGAUCUGAAUUUAGAAGAUGAAACAAAUAGUGACGUUUCUGAUGUCAAAGAUGACAUAGCUGAACUCAAUGGUCAUUCUUUAAAGAGUAAAGCUGAUGAUGUUAGUAAUCAUGGAAUUGGAGACAACACAGAUGAUGAUAUAGAAAUAGUUCCUCAAGACAAAGGUAACGAUGAAGAAAUGUGGGAUGCCAAUGAAAUUGACGAUUAUGAAACAAGGACGAAGAGAGCAAAAGAAGCGAUAACCUUAGCGCAACAGCUUGUAAAUCGGCAAAAAACAAAACAUGAUCUCAUAGAUGAAGGCUUCCGUCGAUACACGUAUAAUGAUAGGGAAGGAUUACCUGAAUGGUUUCUAGAUGACGAAAAGCAACACAACAAAUUGAAUGUGCCAGUGACUAAAGAGGCUGUGCAGGCAAUCAGAGAGCGGAUGAAAGCUUUGAAUGCCCGGCCAAUUAAAAAAGUUGCAGAAGCUAAAGCUCGAAAAAAGAUAAGGGCUAUGAAAAAACUUGCUAAACUCCAAAAGAAAACUGAUGCUAUA